AUGGCCGUGCCUUCGUUUGACUUACAGUCUCUGCUGGCGCAGUUUGCGCAAGACUUCCUGAUCAACCGACCAGAGCCUUUCGUAUCCAACUACAAUGAAGAGCAAUUGAAAAGCCUGUGGAACCCCGAAAUGAUAGGAGCGACUGAGCAACUCAUCGAUACCAGUCUUGGCUUCAUCAAUGUCACAGUGGGAGGCAACCCAACUGGACCUGCUCUGGUGCUAUGGCCAAGUUUAAUGUUGAGAGGCUCGAUGUGGAGCUAUCAAUAUGAGUACUUCCGGAAAACUCACCGAGUCGUUCUCAUCGACAGUCCCGGCAUCAACAAGUCCGAAGCCCUACGAAGGUACAUCGACCUGCGCGACUGUAAAGAUGUCGUUGUCAGCAUUCUCGAUGCCCUUGGUAUUCAGAAAUGUGUGUUUGGCGGCAACAGUUGGGGUGCAAUGCUUGCCGCGGUAUUGCCGGCUUGGAUUCCAGACAGACUCAUCGGAAGUAUUGUGGUCAACGGCACAGCUUCGGUCCCCACGACUCCUGAGACCAUCGCCAUGACCAUUAGAGCUGAAGCACUGAUGAUGUAUGCGGAGGUGCCGGACUGGUGGACUUCGAUCGCGCAGCAAGCUUUUGCCGGAGACACGGCCACGAAGAACAACCCGGAUUUCAUGGCCUUCAUAGGAUCGGUAUCUCAAGAGGACCCCAAGUCCAUCGCGUGGGCUCUCAGAUCAAUACUACUUGGACGAAAGGACAUGCACAGGACUCUCAACGGCAUUCGGAAUGUCCCUGUACUCGUCAUUGCUGGAGAGGAAGACCGACAGUUCCCCGUCCCUAUUGUGAAGAAGAUGGCGGAUGCAAUACCGACGUCGAAAUUUGUUAUUGCAAAGGGUGUUGCACAUCUAGCAUCAAGGGAGAAUCCGGAUUUAAUCAGUAAGGAGAUGGAGAAGUUCAUGUGCGAUAUUGGGGCCGAUGGAGGAGCAGCUUAUGAGGACAAGGGUAUAGCAAAUCGACAGUCAAAGUUUCCGCACGGGUCUGAUCUGAUUCAUGGCCGGUCUGAGAAAACAACUUCGAAUUCCCCGGAAAAGGCGUCAUCCCAGCUUGAUGUCAGCAACAAAACGGACUACCUGGAUUCCAGCAAUGCAGGCGAAGUCUUUCAGCAAGAUGAGUAUCGAGCUCUUGGCUGGAUUCGCACUUCGAUCAUACUGAUGAAGCUGUGUUUCGCAACUGGAGUUUUGACAAUUCCCUCCGCCUUUAGCUCUGUUGGGUAUGGACCAGGUAUCAUCCUCUUGGUGAGUUGGGGAACCAUAACGACAUACUAUGCAUACGUUAUGUAUGCCUUCAGAAUGAGGUUCCCUGGCGUUCACAACAUUGCCGACGCCGCUGGACUCAUGGGUGGCCCCAUUGCGCGAGAGAUUUCUGGUGGUCUAUUUCUUUUGACAUGGGUUUUGGCGUCUGGAUCAAGCUUUGUUGGUCUGGCUCAAGGAUUCAAGACUCUAUCGAGCCUCAAGGUUUGCAGCAUUAUUUGGACUCUCAUCGCAGCUGUGUGCACGGCACUUGUCUCCAGUAUCCCGACACUGGGAAGACUAUCAAUCUUGGCCUGGAUUGGAUUCGGCUCAAUAUUCACGGCGGUCUUCAUUGUUGUUGUCGGCGUUAGUCAAGUUGAAAGACCUGCAGCUGCCCCUCAGGAGGGACCUUACGAUAUGGAAGUCUAUGCCGUCGCUAUGCCCGAAUUCGUCCCAGGGGUAGUCGCCGCAAUCAACCUUUUUGUCGGAUAUGGGUCUACUCCGACUUUCAUGCCUGUUAUUGCUGAGAUGAAGAGUCCCAGGUCUUUUACGAAGUCUCUUUUCUCGUCACAGAUAUUCUUAGCUGCAAGCUAUGUGUCUUUUGGUACAGUUGUUUAUGUUUACUGUGGCCAAUACGUUGCUAGUCCAUCCUUGGGAAGCGCGGGCGGAACCUUGGAGAAGAUUGCUUAUGGCAUCUCUAUUCCUGGCUUCAUCAUGACUUCCACUUUGUGGGUACAUCUGGCGGCUAAAUUUCUUUUGGUCCGGAUCCUGCGCAACUCCGCCCACCUCCAAAACAAGAGCAUCAUCCACUGGGCGACGUGGCUGGGAUCAACCUUGGGGAUCAGUGCUGUCGCGUUCAUCAUCGCCGAGGCCGUGCCAUUCUUUAGCUAUCUAGUCGGCCUCAUCGGUUCCAUAUGCUGUAUGCCGACUUGUUCGUCACAAACACCUGACGCCACGCCUACUUUUGAAGUACGCGAUGAGCCUCGCCCGGUUCCUGGCCCGAAUGAAAUCCUUGUGAAGUUGAGCGCAAGUGGCCUUUGUGGCUCUGAUUUGGCCCUGGCUCUUGGUCACUUUGGGCCCGUUGGCAACAUCCUGGGCCAUGAGGGCGUUGGUCACAUUGCCGCUCUUGGAUCCAAUAUUUCUGCUCUGGACUCAACGGUAGAAGUUGGCCAGAGAGUCGGUGUAGCAUGGACUCGCGACAUCUGCGGCGUUUGUGACGCUUGCACGGACCUCAUCAACGAAGGCGAAACUCGCUGUGAGAAGGCUCUUCACUCGGCAAAGACCUAUGACGGAACGUUCGCCCAGUAUACAAUUGUUCCUCUUCAUUACCUGGCCAGACUGCCAGCGCACUUCGAUGAUCUUCCCGACGAAGAAGUUGCCCCAAUUCUAUGUGCCGGCGUCACAGCAUACAAAGCUGUCAAAGGGUGCAAUGUCACUCCAGGGCAGUACUUUGCCGUCUCGGGAGCAGGAGGUGGUGUCGGGGCUCUGGCCGUGGCGUAUGCUCGCGCCAUGGGCUAUCGGGUCAUUGCUAUCGAUGCUGGUCAGGAGAAGGCCGAGAUUUGCAAGGCACAGGGUGCAGAGCACUACGUUGAUGUUACUACUCCGGGGAGCUUGGCGGAGAAGGUGAUGAAGGUGACGGAUGGCAAAGGCGCGAAGGCCGUCGUAGUUGCGGCAACGGCGACGGUUGCGUAUCAGCAAGCUUUCGAGGUGCUCGCUCCGUUUGGAACGCUGAUGUGUGUUGCCGUCUUGGGGCAUGAAGCUCGAGUCAAUUUCCACCCUCUUUGGCUUAUUGCGAAGGGAUGGAAGAUUUUGAGCUCUUCAGUUGGAACUAGAGCCGAUAUCCUAGAGGCGUUGGAGUUUGUCAAGCGUCGGGCAGUGAUUCCCAAGAUUCAAUCCGCUAAGCUCGACGACAUACAAAGUCUAGUCCAAACGAUGCACGCAGGGAAGUUAUCAGUCCAAGCCUCCGACUUCUCUAUCCUCGCCAUCGCCGUCGUUACUUUCCUUACGAUUACACGGAAAACCUAUAUGCCCAACGCUUCGACGUUCAGAAAGGUCAUCAUCUGCCUUUCCGUAUGGAUUGUCCCGAUUGUUACCAGUGCCACGGCCACGGCCAUGGGCCAAAUGGAACCCGUCAGUGGUAACUGGUGCUGGAUAUCCCGAAACCGACCCGAUCUCCGAUACGCUCUUACACACGGAUGGCGAUUUGCUAUUAUCUUCACUACGAUUCUCAUUUACCUCUACGUAUGGUGGUAUCUUGGUCGCCAUUUCCGCUCAAUGGUCAGCACGUCGGAUCCUCUCUACGACACAGGGAACUCAAGUUCUAGCGGUGGCAACGGUGUGACCUCCUCGAUUCGCAAGAAGCAAGGAUUCGAGAUCAUUGGGACGCCGGAACUGGAGAUGGAUCAAUUUGAGCGACCGAAAGCAACAUUCAACGAUUCUUUCAAAUCCUCACCCAACAUGGACGACGAGCAGAAGGAGUGGUCACAACGAGUCAACGCCGGAGCCGGCCGAGCUAGAAGGUCCAGCUCCGACGACGAUGACGAAGAGCCCGUUAAAAAGCCGGCGAGAACAUCCCACUUCAUUGAAGAAGCUGACACGAGGCGAAAAAUGUCGGCACGGAUUUCCCGAUUUGACGACCAGGAUAUGGACAUGAGCCAGGCAUCCGAAGCCAGAUUUUCAUACCUGGAGCAGGAGGAGAAGCUUCAACGGAGCGCAGGCGGCGGCCCAUCAUACCUCCACCGCGACAUGCAACCGCCAUCAAAGGCACGGUUCUCCCGCCACGGCAUGGCGGACAUGAUCUCCUCUCAUCGAAAGGGUUCCAGGAGCAGAAGCUCAACUCUGUCAUGGAACCUACCGCCUUCUCGAGAUCUCUCCAGAGAUUUCCCACCGAAUCCGAGCGUUAGCAACGUCAACACCAAACAACCUGCCCAGAACGUGACGGCGACGAUGAUGAGCGAUUUUCCAAUCCGCAAGCAGACAAGAAAGGUCGAGCGCGAGAUCAAGCGCAUGAUGCUUCUCAACGCGUACCCUGUUAUGUACGUGUUGCUUUGGAUUCCCGGUCUUGUCAAUCGCCUCAUGGAAGCUUCCGGCAACAACUCUCAGAGCCGCGUCCUGGCAGCCCUGCAAAGCUCAAGCCAGUACAUUGGUCUUGCGAACGCUAUUACAUAUGGAUUCAAUCAACACGUGCGACAUAGGAUAAAGGGAGAUUUGUUUGGAUGGACGCGUCGAAAUAGUGUUUAG